AUGCAAAUGUUGACCACUAGAUCUGAAACUUUGAGGAUGCAAAAUUCAAAGACCAUAGGUGAAUUCUACAUAAAAAUCUGUGAUCUGUCAAAUCAAGCAUUUGCCCUGGGGGAAGAAUACUCCAAUACCAAGCUAGUCAGGAAGGAUCUAAGAUCUCUUCCUGAGAGAUUCUCUACUAAGGUUACUACUAUAGAGAAAGCUAAAGACCUUGAAAGCCUGAUAAUUGAUGAAUUCAUUAGUUCUCUACAGAUCUUUGAAAUGAAUCUUAAUGAGGCCAAAUGUAACAGGACAGAGGGAGAAAAUAUUACUCUUCAAGUGGGAAAAGAAGUACCAACUUCCUACACCACUGCAAUCAAAUAA